GCAAUUAAACAUGAAGGAACAAGUAAGCCUGGUCAAUGGAAACAAUCAAAAGUGGAGAAUCCUUUAUGGAAUAAGUUGACCUAUAUGUGGCCUGUGCUUCCAAAUGGAGAAUUAAACCAGGCUUUUGACUGGCCCAUUGAAGGUCUGCUGAUUCCAAACAGCCCUCCACUAAAGAAACCUGCUGGUAGGAAGCCAGAGAUCAACAUGCCUUUGAGACUGAAGGUUUUGAGAAAUGGCGAGCCAGACAAAAACAAGGCCCUCUCUGUUCUUGGACUUGACUCUGCAUUUGUGAUAAGAAAACAGUGUACCACAGCGCUGAAUUUGCCCUUUGCUGCAAGGAGGCUGUUCACUGAAAAAGGAGUGGAACUCUUUGUUUUGAAAGACUUGGAGAAGGAUCAGCUGCUUUACAUAUCAUGUGGAGAGCAAUGGAUUGAUCCGCAGUGGACUACAGCUCAGCACAAGAAACGUCUCCAAUGUAAUAAUUUAGCAUCUGAUAUAAUGGCUAUGCGUGCAUACUGUGUCAUGAGGAACCCAAAAAAUUUUGUUUUGCAAGCCAAGAAUGACAUUGUUGUUGGUGCUAAACUUUCUGUUGCAAGAGCUUUAGUGGAAUUUGAAGAAAAAAAAGGUGUCGAAGAGCCAGAGAAAGAAAAAUGUGAAAAAAGCAUUGAAAAAAUAAAAGAUGACACAGAUAAAUAUCUAAAUUCACACAUACGGUCCCAUCUUAAAACAGAAGCAUAUCAUAGGUCUAAAAAAUAUGCGUGGCAGCAAAUUUCCUAUGAUUUUGAUGAGGACUACAACAUUCAGAAAGAAAAAGCUGAGCAGUUUUUUGAAGAUGCAGAGUUAUAUAAAAAAUACAGGUCAUCGAAGUUACAACGGCACUGUCAUCAACACUUCGAAUUUAAAAAUGGGAAGAUCAUCAAUUGCAGUUUUCAAAAUCUUGUACUGGGUGUGGAGAAUACUGAUCUUCAUUCUGGUACUGAAGUGGUUUUGUUGGAAAAGAAGUGUGAUGAUGUCAAGCAACAUUGGAUAUGGAAAGAGGAAAGCAGGUAUAUUUCUAUGUAUGUAUACAAAACAUCCUGUGAUAAAAUGAAAAUAAAUUUAUCUGUCAUGAUUUUAAAACAUAAUACUUCAUUACUUCAGACUCAGACUUUUGUUGCUAGGUCCUUACAUCUUGCAAUUGAUCCAGAUCUAGUGCUCGCAGUAUCAAUGCCCACUGUACUGAAUGGAUGUCCAAAAUUUCCACUGGAAAUACAAGAGUGUCCUAUUAUCCUUCAGAAAUACAAGCCACAUAAUUAUGGAGCUGCCAACCAAAAAUGGAAUUUCACAGAAACAAAAGUUUUUAGUGCCUUUUAUAGCACAACAUUGGAUCUAGAAAUUACGGCAGCAAACUAUGCUUCUAUUUGCACAUUUACCAUAACCAAGACAGAAAAAAUUGACCAACCAGGCUACUAUUUUCUUUCACCUUGUGGAAAGAAAAAAAUAAUGAUAUGUUUGGCUUGUGGAAGGACCCUGAGAGGAAAGAAAGAACUGAAGAAAUUGCUCCCUGGGACUAUAUUUUCCUGUGCCUCUGGGUUCCAGGACAGAAAUAAUUUACCCUUUUGCCCUUUUAAAUGCCUUGAUGUUAAUAAGAUUGAUUUAUUCUCUGACAAAGCUGAAUCCACCCUGCAUUAUUUCGAAGAAGUUCUAGCAUCCUUAAAGAAUGAAACCUCCUUGCAAGUCAUCUCAGAAAAGAUAUCUGCAGCUCUAGACCAAAAAACAGUGAAAAUAAUUGCAUACAAAAAUGGAAAUGGAUACCAAAAUGGGCAACUAAUUGUUGCUCACACAUUCCCGAGGUUGCUUUCAUUAUGUACAAGACGUCUUGAACUUAGUAGGACAGCUUGCAAGCUAUAUAACAGUGAAGGGACCCUGAUCCUGACAGUGCAGGAUUUAGUCUUGUGUGCAGCAAAUGAUUACCUCAAAAAGCAAGAAACUGAAGAAAGAAAUGAAGAAGCCAUUUCUGAUACUGGCCUUAAACAAAUUGCAUCUGUGUUUUCAAGGAAAGAUAAGAAUAAGAACAUCAACUUUACAUCAUCAGAGAUAACAUCAGAUAUUGAUCAUUUGGUGCUCAGCAGCAUUCUUAGAAAUCCAGUUGAGGUCUGGGUUUCCAGUGGAGAACCUUUUCUACCUUUGGAUACUUUGCAAAACACAGAAAGGCAAAUAAAACAGAAAUGGCUAGAAAAAGAUAAAAUUCUGGCAGACCUUAACGCAAUGAAACACAAAAUGAGACAACUGCAAGGUCGUCGUAUAACAAAAUAUAAAGCUGCUGAUUUGGUGCCCACUAAGAGCCCUUUCCAACCUGUGGUAGUAGAAGGAGGCUGGACAGAAGAAACUCAAGAAGAGAUGAAGCUCAUGGAAACUAUACAACAUACAGAGAUGCACCUUUCAGAGCUUGAAGCACUGCAGUUCCAAAGAAGUUUUGCCUUUUCUCCUAAAUUACUUGCCAAAAAUGACAAGUGUCUCUACAAGCAGCCCACAACCAAAAGAGUCUGGGCUUACCCAAACGGAAAUAUACCUGACAAGGGAGCACAUGUGUGGGGGAAAUCUAUGAUAGAGCUACUUGACAGUUGUACAACUCAUCUAAAAAUGUCUCAGCCUGCAAAAAUAUUAUAUACACCUGAUGGACACCAGCUGCAAUCAUGGGAAGAAAUAGAAAGAGACAUGAUUGUUUGUGUUUCGACAGGACAUGCCUUUAUGAGCCAAAAAGCUGUAAAGCAUGAAAUAGAAAUUAGAGCUCAUUAUGCAAGAAUUCGGAAGCAGCAAGGUCCGGAAUCUACCAAUAUCGUUGUCUCACCAUCAACAAGAGUUAUAGACAAGUUCAACAUGAAUAGCACUCUUUUGGCUCUUACUGGCACACCUCAUGAAGAUGUCAAUGACUAGUUUCCUACCAUGAUAAUCUCAAGCUCCAUAUUAUCUGUAGAAUGGGAAGGAAGGAAGGAUGUCUUCAGUUGAGCUGUGACCAGAUUACAAUGUGCCUUCAUUAAUGUGCUAACUGCUAAAUAUCUAGCAAUGUCCUAUCCAAAAAUUUAAGAAUAUUGUAUAUAUUGGAUUGAACCAAAUAGGGGUAAAGUAAAUAUGGUAAUUUAGAUUAAAUGCAAUAAAGUUACUAGUAAGGAAGAGGAAUAACUCAAUGUUCUAGUAAUUCCCAUUAGUUUUAAUUGCCCAUUCUUCAUUCUAUAAUGUUAUUGUAUAUCUUAAAAGGGUUAUGCACUGUAGGAAUCUUUAGUAAUAUGUUAAUGAAGGCAUGUUCGUGGGUGCACAUGUAUCAUAUAUAAUGCAUGGUCAAGAAGAGUGUUUUGAAUAAAAUGUU